AUGCCCACAGCUGAUGUCAAACCGAUCAGCCGCGACUUUGCUGCCUUCGCUUUCGAAGAACGAUCAUUCUACUACUACUUCGGAACACCCAACAACCCGAACGCCUUUUCAAAGAACCUACUCAACGCUAUCACAUCAAAGACUAAUGCAGCACCCAAUAUACGAGUCGGCGGCUCAUCUCUCGAUGACGCCCAAUACGACCCCUCCCAGCCAGACCCUAUCAAAAUCCCCCCUUGA